AUGGGCCCUGGGGUAGCUCUUCUACUGCUGCUCCUGCUCGGCUUCUCUCAGGCUCAUCUCUUCCAGCAUGAAGAAGAAAUUCCAGUGGACCACCUCGACACUGUGGAUAUCAGCACCAGGAUCCUGGCCUCCAACAACAACACCGAUGAGAUUCUGAUGGAAGGUGACCUGUUGGUUCCCAGAACCAGAAAUGCCAUGCGGUGCUGGUACCAGAGCUGCCAGUGGAAGAAAGGCUCUGACGGCCUGGUGACGAUCCCCUUCACUGUGAGCAGCGAGUUCACCAGCUGGGAGAGGAAGAAGAUCGAGUAUGCCAUGCAGUCCUUCCACUCCAGCACCUGCCUCCGCUUUGUGCCCCGUCAGAACCAGUACGACUUCAUCAGCAUUGAGAACCGUGGCGGCUGCUUCUCGUCUCUGGGCCGAGUGGGAGGGAUGCAGGUUCUGUCUCUCAACAGAAGAGGCUGCCUCUACCACGGCAUCAUCCAGCACGAGAUCAACCACGCUCUGGGCUUCCAGCACGAGCAGACCAGGAGCGACCGGGACCAGCAUGUGAAGAUCAACUGGGAGAACAUUGACCCGCAGAUGGCCUACAACUUCUACAAGCAGAACACCAACAACCUCAACACUCCCUACGACUACUCCUCCAUCAUGCACUAUGGAAGAACCGCCUUCUCCAUCGCGUACGGGAAGGACUCCAUCACCCCCAUCCCCAACCCCAACGUCCAGAUUGGCCAGCGGCAGGGAAUGUCCUACUGGGACAUCAUGAGGAUCAACGCUCUCUACCAGUGCUGA